GAGCUGAUGGGCUACAUCAUGGGGAAGGCCGAGGGCUCGGUGGCUCGCGAGGAGUGGCAUGGACACGUUACUGCUCUCUCUGUUGCACCAGAAUUCCGUCGCCUGGGCUUGGCUGCUAAAUUGAUGGAGCUGCUGGAGGAAAUUUCAGAAAAGAAGGGUGGAUUCUUUGUCGAUCUCUUUGUGAGGGUGUCGAAUCAGGUUGCAGUGAACAUGUACAAGCAGCUGGGCUACAGCGUCUACCGCACGGUGCUGGAGUACUACUCUGCCAGCAGUGGGGAGCCAGAUGAGGAUGCUUAUGAUAUGAGGAAAGCUCUUUCCAGAGACACGGAGAAGAAAUCCAUUAUACCUCUGCCUCACCCUGUGAGGCCAGAGGACAUCGAGUAACUGUAAGCUGGG